AUGGGCCUAUGGUCGACAGCAGAGCUACGAUACUACUACCAUGCCCACUGGGCCGCUUCUUCGUCAAGACGCAAGUCUCCACGGGCAACCCUCGGCAAGGAGCCGGCAACCUUCCAGGGUUCUAUUCGGAAGAUGGGAUACUUGUCGAGCUUCCAGGUGCCAUUCGGUCUCAACGCGACUCAUCGCGAACGCAUCACCAACAACAUCCUCUCCAUGGCUUCUGUCGUCUUCGAAGCGAGUGACCGCUGCAACUCGUUUUCCAUUGCGAAACCCCACGACUCUGAUGAUGGUAGCUCUGAGACACAACUGCUUCUUAGUUCUGACAGCGACAUCGAGGACGAACUUUCUGUCCGUCAAAGUGCACAAUGGGAGAGGCAAAUUGAGCCGUCGUUGGCUACUGUGCAGCCGCAAGCAUUUCAGGGCGUGACCACGUUUCGACAGCAGUUCAUCCGACAGAUUUUGGGUCUCAAUCCCUUCAAGACCUCUUAUUUCGCCCUGUACAGCUGUUUGGACGAUGCUGGAUCGAAGGGAAUUCUUGCUCUGGGCAUUGGUCUUGCCAUCUGCGCAGGCGUUCCUCUACGCCUGACAUCGUUCCUCCUCGGUUUGAUGCUGACGGAAACCGCUAUUCAAGCACUCAUCGGCGUGAUUCUUGGCAAAAUCAUCAACUCAUUUCCCCCACCACAAGACGAGUUGAAGCAGCUGCUAUAUCGCCUCAUGACGGUAGCGGUUGGCUAUUUUGCUGUUACAUGGGGAUGGGCUGCCUGUUGGGCAGUCAUCGGGGAGCGGGUCAGCCGCAAAACCCGCGAAAGGCUCCUUCACCGCGCCCUUGGCAUGGACAUGGAGUAUUUCGAUACUGUAUCUCCCGACAUGACUGGCAUUCUUACCGAAAAGACACAAACAAUCCAAUUAGGAACGUCCGAAAAAGUGGGAUUGUUCAUCGCAUCCAUAAGCUACUUUAUUUCCGCAUUCACUAUUGGUUUCCUUCUUAAUGCAAGACUCACUGGCGUUAUGUUUGUCACGGUGAUACCUGCUAUGGCCUCGAUUGUCUACUUUGGCACCAAAUCAGUCUCCAAAUUUACCAAGCAAGCUAGUAUGUACACUGAGAAGGCGGCUUCAGUCGCAGAAAGUGCCAUUCGAGCUGUCCAGAUCGUACAGGCCUUCGGUCUGUUUGAGCAGCUCAGUGAAGAACAUGUUGGCUACCUCAGAUCUGCGUUGCGUGUUGGAAUUCGCAAAAGCAUCGCUGGUGCUCUCAUGCUUGGCUCUGUCUACUUUGUGGCUUACGCAACAAAUGCCCUGGCUUUCUGGUACGGUGAUCAAUUACGAGACGGUAGUGCGGAAGCUGGCACGAUUUACGCAGUUGUAUUCCUCAUCCUUGACGCAUCUUUUGUUGUUGGAUCGUUCGGACCCUUCAUACAAACCUUCGCCAUGGCUGCAGCCGCAGGCGCUGCCGUUUCAGAGGUGCUCAGCCAUCCUCCUAGUGACAUCGAUGUUUACUCCACGAAGGGAAAACCAGCCCUAAAGUCGCAUUUUGAAAACGAACUUGUGUUUUCAGCCGUCUCAUUUGUUUACCCGGCUCGCCCGACCGUUCGAAUAUUGGACGGUGUGGAUCUUCGUAUCGCGCCUGGCAAGGUUACCGGAUUAGUCGGACCUUCGGGAUCAGGCAAGAGCACAGUGACUUCACUACUGCUCAGAUUCUAUGAUCCCACCUACGGCAGUGUCUCUCUUGGAAACACCGACCUGAAAACUUUCAAUAUCCAGAGUCUGCGCUCACACAUUUCACUUGUUUCACAAAACCCGGUGCUUUUCAGCGGAACAAUCCUCGACAAUAUUAUGCAUGGACUGCCAGACCGCGAGCACAUAUCGGAAGAAGAGGCCGUUGAAAGAUGUAGAGAAGCAGCUAACGAGGCAUAUUGUGACUUCAUAGAUCGUCUUCCAGAUGGCCUAUAUACCAAGAUCGGCUCGGGCCCUCAAUCUCAAUUAUCCGGGGGACAGAAGCAGCGUAUUACAUUAGCUCGUGCUUUGGUGGGUGCUCCAGCGCUCCUCUUGCUGGACGAAUUUACCAGUGCGAUGGAUGCCCGCUGGACCCUAUAUCUGGAUCAUGACGAUAUCAUCGUACUAAUUGUAUUCCCAGGAACGAGUGAAGCCAUCGUCUUGGAGAACUUGAGGCGCUCCUCAGCAGCUACCGGCCGCACGACAAUCAUCAUUGCCCAUCGCCUCGCCACUGUCCGAGACGCUGAUCGCAUAAUCGUUCUAAAGGACGGUGUAGUAGAGGAAGAUGGACAGCAUGAGUCAUUGAUGAGAACAGACGGCAUUUAUGCAGAGUUGAUCAGAGCCCAGCAGUUUGAUAAACGUUCUCGACCAUCUGCUGCGUCGUCAAUUCGAUCUAACCCCCGAUCAAAGCUCCAAGAGGAUGAGCAUGUCCGUCAUCAGACGGGUGAUUCAAACCCGGAAAAUACACUCUCCGCCCAGAGUCAACCCAAGAAGAGUGCCAUUGAGCUAAUUGGCAGGUCCAUCGCGCUUAGUCGCGAUGAGGCUCCCGCUAUCGCUAUAGGGCUGGUCUCCUCUGUCUUCAGCGGCAGCAUUAUCGUUGGAGAAGCGAUAAUAUUUGGCAAUCUUGUUGAACUCCUAAACGACACAUCGGGGUCCGACGAGUUGACAAGACGUAUUGCUUUCUACUGCUCGAUGUUUUUCGUUCUUGCCAUUAUUGCUUUGGUGUCGCACUCAUGUGGUAAAACGGCGUUCGGCAUUGUGUCCGAGAAUCUGACGUUGCGAGUGCGUGACCUUUCAUUUAGGACCAUUCUCCAGCAAGACAUCGCUUGGUUCUCGAGACCAGGACACUCCCACCACGCACUCAUGUCUCGCCUCAACGCGGACAGUGGUAGCAUCAGUGGUUUGUCUGGCGUCAUAUUGGGCACAGUGUUUUCUGUGGCAACUUCGGUGAUUGGAGGCAUUGUCUUGGCUCAUGUGGUGGCCUGGAAGAUUGCGGUCGUUUUACUAGCCGCCGUGCCGGUCAUGCUCCUUGCUGGCUUUUUACGAUUGCGAAUUUUAGCUCUUGCAGAGGAGCACCACCAGACAGCAUACAGUGAUGCAGCAGCUUUGGCAUCAGAGGCAACUUCAUCUAUGCAGAUCGUCGCAGCAUUCCGCUUGGAAUCCCAUAUUCUUGAGCAAUACCAGGAGGCGAUCCGCAAACCUUACGAAGAUCAUCUGAGAUUCAGUAUUCUCGGCAACAUCCUGCUCGCCUUCUCGCUGAGCGUGACGUACUUCGUCUACUCUUUAGCAUACUGGUGGGGAUCAAAGCAAGUUCGCAACGGGAAUUACAGUCAAAAAGAUUUCUUCAUCGUGCUACCAGCACUGCUUUUCUCAGCGCAAACCGCUGGGCAAUUGUUCAGCCUUGCACCGGAAAUUACGCGAGCUAAGACCGCUGCGCAAAGCGUCUUCUCUCUACAUGACGAGAAGCCGAGCAUCAUCACCGAGACAAUAUCUCCAUCAAAUGGAACCGAAGCCAGCGAAUCGGCGUUGCUAGCGAGCCCAUCCAACUCAUAUGGUACAUUUGCCAUUCAAGGGGAGCUUGAAUUUCGUGGAGUCAGUUUGUACUACGACAGCAGACCGACUGUUCCGGCCCUGGAUAACGUUUCUUUCAUGAUUAGACACGGCGAAUAUGUGGCAUUCGUCGGACGUUCAGGUGCGGGCAAAUCAUCUACCAUCAACUUGAUCGAAAGGUUCUUUGAUCCCACCGCCGGACAAGUCUAUCUCGAUGGACACGACAUACGCAAGGAAUCUGUACGAAACCACCGGGCCCGUUUGGCACUUGUGGAACAAGAACCAGAUCUUUUUCCAGGGUCGAUUAAAUUCAACAUAGGCCUAGGCGCGCGGCCAGCCACGCGUAUAACUGACGAGGAUAUAGUAAGAGUCGCUAAGGAGUGUGAGCUUCAUGACUUCAUCAUGAGUCUCGCUGAGGGCUACAACACGCAAGUCGGUGCGCAUGGAUCGAAGCUUUCUGGCGGUCAGCGUCAACGACUUGCCAUUGCGAGGGCUCUCAUACGAGACCCGGAAAUAUUGCUCCUUGACGAGGCGUCCUCUCAACUAGAUGCGAAUACGGAGAAGGCAUUACGCCGUACCAUUGCGGCUGCGUCUAAGGGUCGAACGACGAUUGUGAUUGCGCAUCGGUUGGCAAGCGUUCAACAUGCAGAUCGCAUUUUCGUGUUUGACACUGGACGCAUAGUUGAGCAGGGUCGGCAUGCAGAUCUCGUUGCUUUGGGUGGUAUAUAUUCUGGCAUGGUUUCUGCCCAAGAGCUUGAGUGA